AUGUCAACAUCAAUUGAAAGCGACCGCGCCGCCUACCUUCUCGACGCGCAAAACAAAGCGGUGCAACUAUUCGAGGAAAUCGAACGAGACCUGAUUCGGCCGGGCGUGAGUGAAAAGACACUCAGCACGGAAAUCCACGAACUGGGAGCUAAACGCCAUGGAGUCCGUACUCACUGGCAUAAGCGAGUCGUCCGCAGCGGACCAAACACCCUGAGUCCCUUUGCGGAGAACCCGCCCGAUCGCAUCAUUCAACCAGACGACAUCCUGGUGGUGGACCUCGGCCCGGUCUUCGAAGAAUGGGAAGCAGACUUCGGGCGUACAUAUGUUCUUGGGGAUGACCCGGCGAAGCUGAAACUACGCGAUGCGCUGGAUCCCAUAUGGCACACGGUCAAGCGACGGUUUCGAGAGAACCCAGAUAUGACGGCGGAGAAAUUGUACGCCAUCGCCUGCCAGGAGGUUCAACAAGCGGGAUGGGAUUUCGGUGCUCCCAUCGCAGGUCACCUGGUGGGUUCUUUUCCGCAUGAGAGAAUUCCGAAUGAUAAAAUCAGUUUGUAUAUCGCGCAAGGGAAUGGGGAUAAGAUGAUGGUUCUGGGGCGUGAUGGGCACAUGCGGCAUUGGAUUCUGGAGAUCCACAUCCACGAUCGGGCCCGUGGAUUCGGGGGGUUCUGCGAGCAGUUAUUGACGGUGGAUUGA